ACUUUGCUGAAGAAUGCGUAAACUGGAUCAGGCAGGUGUGGCACCGCAAAAUCGGAGUGGGAAUUAACUCCGUUUUGUGUUAACUUUUUUCAACGUUGGCUAGGUCGUUACAUGUCACGUACAUUACUGUGAGAGAUACGUUGCACAGCCUAACGUUGCUAGCCGCAGAAGGAAACAAUGGAGUCGGCAGUGGUCAAUCUUUACAACCAGUUCCAAAGUUUGCGGAGCCAGAUGGACGCCCUGAAUGAGAGCGUAGAACCACAGUUUCUCCAGAUGGCCCUCAACUUUGAGGACUGCCGAAAGAAGUGGUUGCAGUCAGGGGAGGAGCUGCUAUCCUGCAAAGAUAUGCUGGCUAAAGUUGAAACCGAGAGGGGAGCUUUGGAGGUCAGACUGAAGCAUGCACGCAACCAAGUGGACGUGGAGAUCAGGCGGCGGCAGAAGGCUGAAGCUGUCUAUGAGAAGCUGGAACGACAACUACAGCUAAUCCGGGACAUGCUGACAACAGAGAACAGUAGCAUCCACCUAAGUGAGGAGCAGCGCUCUGCCCUGGCCUUCCUCAGCGCGCACUCGCAGGCUGCACAGUCUGCUAUGUCCAACCUUAACUCCAGCAGAAGGUUGAUGACCAUUGAUGGAUCAACCUCCAUCAUGUCAGACAUCAGCUUUGAUCAAACAGAUGACUCCUUGGGCUGUGAUGCUUCUGUCAUGAAGACAGUGAGACUGCAGAAACGUCCGAAACGACGUUCCUCUCGAAAGCUUGAGGUUCCCCCUCAAGCCAUGAAGAAACCACGCUCCGCGGGCCGACCAUCUGAUCGAAUAAAUGACUCCAUCGUUGCCAAAACCACCAUCACUGUGCCAGUAAAUGGCGGUGCUGUCGAGGCUGUCUCCACUAUUGAGACAAUCCCCUAUGCGACACGCGGCAGAAAGAAGAGUGCAGGCCAAGUCUGGGCUGAAUCAACCUCCACUGAGCUGUCGAAAACCAACAGUGAAGCACCCGGCACACCAGUCUCAGAUUUUCCCGCUCACCUCCGAACCCCUAAAGCCCAGACAGGAGGAAAGCAGCACGUGUUUGUCUCCAAAACAGUGAUCAAAUCAGAGUUCUGUGCACCGUGCGGGAGAAGAACCAAGUUUGGCAAGAUGUAUCUUCGCUGCCAGGACUGCAGGAUGGUGACUCACCCAGAGUGCCGCGACUGUUGCCCCCUGCCCUGCAAUCCUGUGUCCAUCAGCACUCCCAUCCGGACUGCAGAGAGCACCCUGGCUGACUUUGCGCCAGCCACUUCUCCGAAGAUCCCAGCUUUGGUCAUCUAUUGUAUCAAAGAGAUUGAACGCAGAGGCCUGCAUGAGGUUGGCCUGUACAGAAUCUCUGGGCAGGAGCGUCAAGUGAAAGCGCUGAAGGAGAAGCUGGUUCGAGGAAAGACCCUGCCAGCGCUAAGCAAAGUAGAAGACAUCAAUGUCAUCACUGGCGUUCUCAAAGAUUUCCUCAGGAACCUUCCUGAGCCUCUUCUCACCUUCCGCCUCAACAAAACCUUCAUGGAGUCAGCUGAAAUCCAGGAUGAUGGGAACAGUCUUGCCUCGGUGUGCCAAACCAUCAGCGAGCUGCCUCAACCCAACCGAGACACUCUGGCCUGCAUCAUGAUCCAUCUGCAGAAAGUGUCAAAGUGUUCAGAUACAAAGAUGGACGUGACAAACCUGGCCAGGGUGUUCGGACCGACCCUUGUGGGCCACGCUGUUCCAAACCCAGACGCAAUGAUUGUCCUGAGUGACACAAGCAGACAACCACGGGUAGUUGAGCGUUUGUUUAGUAUUCCAGCAAACUACUGGAGUCAGUAUGCGCAUCCAGAUAAUAUAGACAUGGGGGAUACUAACUUUCCAGAGACUCCAAAUCAUGAUGUAAGCAUGCUUGGGCCACUGACCACUCCUGAACACCAGUUGAUGACAAAGACGCCCUCCUCCAGCUCACUGUCAAAGCGGAUGAUGCAGACCCUGUCCAGCACCACCUUAUUUACGGGCAAGAAUAAAACAACUGCCAGCCCCCGACCCAGGUUCUUCGAGUCUCCACAACUGAAGUAACGGCCAACUGGAGUUGGCAAACAAAGCCGAUGCGUGAGUUUUGUAUUACUAGCUGCAAUAACAAGCUCUAUUUCCACAAGAAUGUAAGUAAAACUAACGUGCAAUUUUAUAUGAAAUAUGCAUUAUAUCAACAUGUAUAUCGACUUUCUAAUCAGAUCUUUACUCGUGAAGAAUUUUUCUACCUCUUUGGUCACUGCAGUAAGUCCUGACUUAAGGACCAAAACUGUGCUAAUGAGGUUUUGAGGCUUUAAUGACCAAUCAAUUGCAGCUCGAAGAAUGUUUUCUUUUGCGUGCUCAAUCAUCCAUUGAUAAAUGUGUGGUUGUAACCACAACCUCAGGGAUGAAACUGGGCGUAAGGGAGAAAAAGAAAAAAUCAUUUAUUUGAUUUCAGAAUUUUGUGUCAUUGAGCUGAAACCUACUUUUAGAACACACUUAACACUGAAUAUUUUUGUUUAUUUUAUGUGGUAAGGCUGAUUAGCUAACACUACUAACAUCAACACUGAUCUCGAAUGAGAAUCACGCAGUAUUUUGCACUCUAUCUAUGCAAGAAAUUGAAUUAAUGUGCUCACCACUAGAGGCUGCUGUUGUAUUACUGUUAUGCUUCCAUUAUGAUCGUGCUAUUGACGGGAUAUUCUCCUCAACCCUUUAAGUGCCAAUAUCUUAACUACUGCAUUUUUAUAAGCAUUUUAAACUUCACACAUUUAUAUGCCAACUGUGCCUUUUUAUGUUAUAGUUUGACCAAAAACUUUUGAUUCAAAUGAGUUGUCAUUCUUUUCAAUGAAGUGUGUUGGGAAAUCAUGUCUGAGAAAUCUAACUCCAGCAGGUUAUGCUUUUUUUUUUUUCCCCAAAUAUCUGUUCUAUACCCGCUUUUGCUAACCCUAACUGGUGUUGAGCGACACUCCAAAAAGAACACAAUCCACAGUUUAGGUAAAAAGAAAUAAAGCAUUAAAUGUCAU